AAACCACACUGCUGCGAAUACCCAGGCUGUACGAAGACAUUUAGUGACUCUAGCUCACUCGCUCGACAUCGAAGAACGCACACGGGGAAGAGGCCUUACAAGUGCGAGGAUCCGCUCUGCGAGAAGACGUUCACGCGGCGAACGACGCUGACGGCACAUAUGCGCACGCAC